AUGUCCUUCCAGUCAACCAUCCCUCCUCCGGUGUUGCCACCACUUGACCCUGCGACGUCAAGGAUCCUCAUCGUCGGUGCAGGCGUGUUUGGUCUAUCUACUGCAUACCAUCUCCAGGAGGACGGUUUCAAAGAUAUAACUAUCCUCGACAAGGCUGAUGAGUUACCCGCAUUGGAUGCGGCUAGUACGGAUAUCAACAAAGUCGUCCGAUCGAUCUACGCAGAUAGCUUCUAUACCCGACUUGCGAGGGACGCUAUUGCCAGGUGGAAAGAGCCAAUGUGGGAGGGAUGUUAUCAUGAGUCUAGCGUCCUUCUCAUCGGACGUGCGUUGACGGACAAAUCGUACGAGAACGACUUCGCAGAAGGCGCCCGCGUUACUUUACUUCCGAACGCAGAGAAGAUUCGAUCGGCCUUCCCUGACUCCUUACACCGGAUACCAGAACACGAGCGUCCUCUCCAGCAUCGCCUCUUAGGAGACUUCUCGAAUUAUACUGGAUACAUCAACCUCGACGGUGGUUGGGUAGAGGCAACUCGUUCCGUCAAGAUCCUUCUUGGGAUCGUCAUCGCUCGUGGAGCGAAGGUCGAGAGUGGGAAAGAGGUCCUGACAUUGCUCAACAGCAAUGCAGACGGGUCUGGCUACACGUGUGGGGCCAUGUGUGUCGAUGGCUCUAUGUAUUGUGCAGAUCAAGUCAUUCUUGCGGCGGGAUCAUGGACCGCAUCCUCUUUCCCAGGACUAGAACUCGAUCAGCGGUGUCUGGCUUCUGGGCAAAGUCUGGCAUUUCUACAACUAACUCCAGAAGAAUCGGAACGGUAUAGAAAGAGUCCCGUUGUUAUGGACUUCAGGACUGGAUUCUAUGUCCUCCCACCCAACAAGGAUAAUGUUAUCAAGACUGGUUUGCAUGCUGCCGGACACACCCAUAUGGUGACACCAUCCGCGUUUAGAUUUUCCUUUGCCAACGCAACUCUGGUGCCUCGUAAGAUCUCAACCCCCCGGACAGUUCUCAGCCACCCAGAGGGCUCAGACGGGUUACGGGAUUGCUUGAGGGUGGUCUACCCGGAUCUAGCGGAGAAACCCUGGGCGGGAACGAGGAUGUGUUGGUACACCGACUCGCCGGAUAGUGACUGGGUUAUCGGUCAGUUCCCCGGCGACCCCGGUUUGUUUCUGGCAACAUCGGGGAGUGGACAUGGGUUCAAGUUCCUCCCCAAUGUUGGCCGAAUAGUUGUGGAUAUCCUCCGGGGCAGAGCGGAUGCCACCACUGAGGCCAAGUUUGCUGUGGAUAGGGGCCUAAGCGAAGCGCUGAACACUGAGCGCGUGGAUAAAUACCCAGAGGAGCUCGUUCCCGAAGAACUUUGUGGACCGGAAGAUAUGUUACCAUAA